AUGCCUCACAAGCAUAAGCGGAAGCAAAAUGACGCGGAUAUCUACGACCUCCCACCUACUAUGAUCGCAAAGUCUCUACCGGUCCGCGAUCCCAAUUCCAAGAACAAAAAAACAAAAAAGAAUGUCAAGGACAACAAGCCCCAAGAUAAACUCCAAGCCCGUCGGAAAUCUGCUGUAGACGAUGAUACCCCCAAAGCUUUUCGCCGGUUGAUGCAGUUUCAGACGCAGGGAAAACAGGCGCCAUCGAAACCAAAUGCUGGCGAGAAUAAGAAGCGGAAAAGAGGAGCGGAAAACACUGAUAAUGCGACACAAAACACGCGCAAGAAGGCUGCCCCUGCGGCGGCAGUGGAUCAGAGCACCGAUGCCGAACCCCAAGUGAAGCCGAAGAUUCUUCCAGGAGAGAAGUUGUCAGAUUUCGCGGCGCGAGUCGACCGCGAAAUGCCUAUCGCCGGAAUGAAGAGAUCUGGUAAACCCACAAAGUCGGAUCUCGCUGAUAUUCGUGAGCACAAAGUAACGAAACAUGAGAAACAUUUGCUCCGACUACAAUCGCAGUGGCGGAAGGAGGAGGUGGAGAUCCAAGAACGUGAGGCUGCUGAGCGUGAAGAGCGAGAGGCAGAAUUGGAAGACCAAUUAGAACUAUGGAAGGAGUGGGAAGUGGAGGCAGGCCAGGGCAAGGCGAAAAAGAAGGGAGCUGGUGCGAGAAAGAAGGGUGGACAGGGUGCCGAUAAAUCAGAUCCUUGGGCUAAGCUGAAGAGCAAGGACCGUUUGAAUAAACCGGCGAAUCCUUUCGAAAUUGCUGAGGCACCGCCACAAUUGACGAAGCCAAGGGAGAUUUUCAAGGUCCGAGGCGGUGCUAAAGUCGAUGUUGCUAAUGUGCCGACUGCUGUCGGUAGCUUGAGAAAAAGAGAGGAGUUGGCUAACGAGAGGAGAACUAUCGUGGAGGAGUACCGGAGGUUGAUGGCUGAAAAGAGGCGAUAA